AGCGAAGUGGUUGCAGUUAGUUGACGACGUGGCCAAGGCGGAGUUCGCGGACACACAAUCUCACCUUGCUUCAUAAAAGAAACGUCGCCGUCACCAAGAAACAUAAACAACAAAAAGUUCCAACCAUGAGAAUCUCUUCGUGCGCUCCCUUCCUUCUCGUUGUGGGAUGGACCAAUGGCUUUUCUCUGGCUCCAUCAUCAGUACGGAAUGGACGAUCUGCCUUUUUGCCGUCAUCUCGGGUGACAGCAUUGGCCAUGGCUGAUGACGACACGACCACUAUUGAUCAGAGCGAAGAUCAAAUGCUGCACACCGCCGAACGUGUUGCGGGUAUGUCUCGUGGAGAAAUCCAACACAUUUUCGAAGAUGUCGAUACGGAUGGUUCCGGAGACAUUGACAUGGCCGAGCUGGACCAACUCAUGACCAAGUACUUUGGAAAAUCGAUCAAAAAGGAAGAUAAGAAAGCCUUGAUGCGCGAUAUUGAUAGCGACAAGAACGGGACAAUCGAUGCCGAGGAAUUCUACAAGUGGAUGGUCUUGAAUGCGCAGAGUGCGGGAACUGCCGAUCAAAAUGGUACCAAAACCCUCCAGCAACGCCAGGAACGUCUCGAUUUGGCGCAUGAAGUGCCACAAGAUUUGCUGGAUUUGUUGGACGAAUUUGGUACCGGUGCCGUCGUGCAAAAGGUGACCCAUCCCCUCCAUUCGGCAUUUGGACGGACAUUGCGCGAUCAUUUUGUGUCUUGCUACCUCCUCUCGAAGGAAUGGGGCAACGACGAGGCUACCAACGUGGCCAAUAUGUUUCACGCCAUUUAUCAACGUGGAGACGGAUUGCGAGCAGUGGAUUUCAACGAAUACCGACCCAAGUUGCAAGAACGGUUGGGAAAGGAUGUCGAAGAGCUUUUGUAUCUAUUUCCCUCGGCUCACAAGAGUGUGUUGGACCUCAACGGUUUGUUGAUGACACCGGUUGGUUGCGAUGUUGAAGUCAACAAUGUACUCGAAGGAGGAAAGGUGACUAUCCCCAAAGAACUUCGACCCAAAUUGGUCGAGAUGGAAGUCAUCAAUUCGCACGAUCAACACGUCCUGGAGAACAGCAGUCCGGUCCAUAAUCUGUGGAGCUUUUACGAACAUGCCAACGCCCUUCCAUUAAUGUCGGAAGGGGCCCAACGCGCUGUCAUUGAAUACAUGAAGCGAGCUCCCGGGGCCACCUGCGCUGAUAUUGUGGAAUGGCAGGAGGCUCGAUUUGAGGAUGCAGGUCAAGAGAUCCCUGAACUAUGGCAAAACCACAUUGCCCUCUUCAAACCCAAAGGCUUCUUCACCUGCAUUGAAGAAAACCUUCAAGACAUGGCUGAUGAAGAUGGAAACGGCGAGAUCUGUUGGGAUGAGUUUACCAGUUUUGACUGGGACAAGUUGUUUCAGUGCAAGGUGUAA